AUGAACUACUCAGCGUCCAAAUCAAAGAUCGCUUCGCCGAACACUUCCAGCACUGUGGACAUCGUGCACUUGGGUAACUUCGGCCGCUCCGUUAAGAACUCCGUCGAUGUGCACCUGGCUGGCGCGGCGACUCCCCCUCCCAAGUCAAGGCGGAUUGGGUAUCCGAGCGCUGCGCUUUCGUCGAUGGCAUCGCCAGGCGCCAGUGGACAUGGGCAGGCUGCAACGAGCCAUUCCGCAGAUGACGGCGACCCGCCAGCUCCUCCAAUCCCGACUCCCGUCGAGGAGGACGAUGCCCCCUUCGUCAUUGAUGGCCUCGAGCAGAGCCUUGAGCGCGUGAUGUUCGGGGAGACCGUGGGUUGA